AUGCCUCGCGGACGACAGGGCAUCAUUGGCAAACUGCUAAGUGCAGGCAUCGGGGCUGGCUCGGAGGCGAUCCACCGCGUACGGUCAGGAUCCAGUCAAUCCGGCGAAGCUUCUUCUUCUUCUGCUGUGACUAGAGAAGCCCCUGCAGCCGAAAAUCUAGAAGAUGAGUACGAGUAUCUCGAAAACAUCGACAAACUCGAAGCGGAGAAGCUCGUCAACUGCGGCGAAGCCGAACGGGUAGUCAUAGAUGGAAAGGAAGUACUGCGGGUGCGCAAGGUCAAUCCUGAUUCGGAUAGUGACUCGGAAGAUGAGCUCAUCACCAACCAAGAUGAAGCAGCUUGGGAGCUCGAUGAUAUGGCCGAACGUGUGAUGCCGCCUUCAUACGAAGAGGCCAUGGCGCCAUCUACCGAAUCUGAUGUCAAGGAUAAGGAGGAUGAAAUGAUUCGCCGCAUGGUUGGGAUGGCCGGUCCCGUGCCUCAGCCUGUUGGACAGAUACCAUGUCCUGUUGUUCUUCCGCAGCGCCGGCCUCGACGGAAGGAUCGUGGGUUUGUGAGAGCGUAUGCUCCUGUCCUUGAAGAUUGCGGUAUUAGUCAAGAUGUGUUCUUGCGGUUCUUGGCCGAUUGGGAGAAAUCCAGCAAGGUUCGUGACUUUCAAUACAUAUCACCAGGCGGGCGAGUAGUCAAGUCUUCUAACACUAUUCAGGCGGAUCCUUGGAUCGAUGUGGUUUUCGUUGCUGCCGGUAUUGUCGGCUUUGUUCCUGCAGUGGCUGCCCAGGUGGUCGGCACAGUUGUCCAGGUCGUGGCUGGCACUGCUCGUGAACUCCAGUCCCGUCAUCGUGGGAACACAUUCCUCGAUAAAGUCAACCAGGAGCUAUUUAUGCCACGCGGUCUCUACGCCAUGGUGAUGUGCUUCAAAGACCAAAUACCUGGCCAGCAAAGGGGUCUUCUGGCGAAACUUUCUAAUCGUCUAGGAACGACUCUCUUUGAGAGCAAAAAGCUUGAUCUCAAUGAGACGAUUGCCAAAUAUAGCAAUCCAGAUCCGAAUAUGUCAAGCAUGAACAAGCAGUUGAAGAAUAUUCGCCUGACGAACGGCAAGACUUAUGGUCAAGUCGAGCUUCCCGAGUCUGCAGAGCUUGUAUUCCCUGAUCUCGAUCGCGUUGCUGCUCAAGAGCUCGGAAUGAAGUCAAAUGAGAAGAGACCUGAGAACUCAGGAGUCCGUGAGAAAUUCAAGGACGCCGGUGUCUGGGUUCAAGAUUACAUGGACCGAAGAGCCCACGCUUUCUACGAAAAAGAAAAUCCAGGCUCAUCUCUUGUCGUCCCCGCCAACCAAAGGGAGGCCAUGCAAUCUCGAUACAGUGACCCUAAUCACGCCGUCAACAACGGCUCUCUAAUUUCACUAAUCACUGGGGGGAAAAUAAACCCAACACCCCGGCGCCAGGCCAAGCAGGCCCGGAUGCAAGAAAGACGGGGUAUGAAGCGUGAGAACCGAGAUGCUAGACGUGUUGCUCGGGGUCGACUUCCCCGGGGUCCAAGAUUGGACAAACGGAAUAGGCCCCGGCGGCAGGGUAUCAUCAAGAAAGUCAUGCAGCAGGAUGUUCUGUAUCUCCUGAUUGUAAACUUGCCUAGUGAGAAGGAGGUUCAGGAUUCGGUUACUCGCUUGGAGAGUCUUGUUGAACAACAGCAGACGGGGGCACCUGGUCCUUCUCACUAG